AUGGCGGAGUCUUUGGCGGCCCUCGAGCAGUGCUUCUUCGCUGCGCAGAGCAAGGUAGAACGAGUCCGCGACUCCAUCCAGAAGGCCAACCUCGAACACGGUAAGUUUUCUUACAAUGGCCUUAAACUUUACACCGAGACCGUGAUUGCGGCGUACAACGACGUGAACUCGUUCACGAAUCGGAUCUACUUGCUCGACCCGAAGCAGCGUGCAGAGCACGAGAAGCGGUUCGUCUUAUUCGAGGAGAUGUAUGAAUUCGUACGCAUCGCCCUGGCCGACAUGAUCCAGGCGUACGACGACGAAAAGAAGUUCGCCGAGGCGGUUCAAAUCAAGAAUGCUCUCCCACCUGUGCCCCAAGCAGAACAUCUGAGCGUAGCGAGAGCACCCGCGAUUGUGCCAUCACUUCUCUUGCAGCAGAACCCUCUGCCAACUUUUGAUGGCCGCUACGAAAACUGGCACAAAUUCCGGGACCGGUUCAAGGAUAUUGUCGACAAGUGCGUCGGCGAUUCUCCAGCAACGAAGCUUGAUUACCUGGACAAGGCACUCGUGGGCAUGGCCAAAGGGUCGAUCGACCAACAAACGUUGAACGACAACAAUUUAGACGGUGCGUGGAGGAUCCUGGCCACGAAGUAUGACAACAUUCGGAUGGUGGUGCAGGGUCACGUCACACAGUUGCUGUCGCUGAGGUCGAUGACAAAGGGCACGCAUGCAGAGCUGAAGGCGUUGCUUGACGUGGUUGAGAAGCGACUGGAGUCGCUCGCGUUCCACAAGUUUAAGAUGCAGGACAAACUGUCUGAGGCAAUCGUUGUGAACCUUCUGAUCUCUCGACUGGAUCCGGAAACCCGACGUGUCUGGGAGACCACGCUUGCCCACGGGGAAAUGCCGGAGUACAAGAAGACUAUGGACGAACUGCGCAAACAUUGCUACGUGCUGGAACGGUGCGAGAUGACAACGAACCCGGGAAAACCGAGGACCCCGGCUACGUCACAACGAAUCGCACCACCCGUGACUACGACCAGGGCAUACGCGGCCACAACGCAGGAGAGCGGCUGCCCCGUGUGCAAUCAAAACCACCUGGUGGAGAUCUGCGACGCGUUCAGGAAGAUGAACGUGAACACCCGAUACACGAAGGCCAAGAUGUUUGGUCUCUGUUUUGCGUGCCUGAAGCGUGGGCACAGAACGAACAAGUGCUCGAUCGACAGCAGCCUGCUGUGUGAGUGCAAGAAGAAGCAUCACCCACUGAUGCAUUGGGACGAAAAGAAGGAGGAACCAGAGCGAGCGACGGGCAAGCAGGAGGAUACCAACGGCGCUGGUGGUUCCGGAACGAACGCGGCGACUCAGGUCGUGGCGAAGUGUGAAGUUCCUGUACAGCCGAAGACGGCGUCGAAGCAGGUUCUGUUGGCGACUGCGGUCGUCGACCUAAGUGACGCUAGCGGAGUAACACACAAGUGUCGAGCUCUGCUGGAUUCUGGAGCGAUGGUGAGUUUCGUGUCGGAGCGAAUGAGUGACGUGCUGCGCCUGCGAAAGAAGUACGUGAACGUUCCAGUUGUCGGCGUAAACGGUUCCCGAUCCACGGUGAAGUACCAGAUCAGCGUCAAGGUGAUGUCCAAGGCCACGAACUACAAGUUUCCCUUGGAUUGCUUGGUGGUUCCCCGUGUCACCGGUGCUUUACCAUCGACGAGAGUUGACGCCAAGAGCUGGCCGAUCCCGAAGGAUCUGAAGUUGGCCGACCCGAAGUUCUACGAUCCAUGCCGAAUCGACUUGCUGAUAGGAGCGGAGAUGUUUUUUGAGUUGAUUCAAGAAGGCAAGAUCAGAAUGUCGGCCGAACUACCGCUGCUGCAGGAGAGCCUCCUGGGAUGGCUCGUGUCUGGACCUGUACACGGCAGCCAAGGAUUUGUAAGCGUCCAGACGUACCAAGUCAGCUCCAAGGAACGGGACACUAAGGAGUUGAUCGAGCUGAUGAAACGUUUUUGGACAAUCGACGCGCAGACGGCCGAGCCCGGCGAAAUUGACGAUUGCGAGCGGCACUUCAAGACAACAUACUCCCGAGACGAAGACGGAAGAUUCAUCGUCGAACUUCCGUUCCGCAAGAAUGCUGGCAAACUCGGAGACUCUCGAGCUCAAGCGGAGAAGCGGUUCAAGGCACUCGAGAACAGACUGGAGAAGUAUCCCGAGACCAAGAAGAUGUACAGCGACUUCGUUCAUGAGUACAUCGAGCUCGGCCACGCCAGGAUCUUGAACGAAGACGAGAAGCACAACCCGGACGCCUACUAUCUGCCACACCAUUGCGUAUUGAAACCAGACAGCUCGUCAACAAAACUACGCGUGGUGUUUGAUGCGUCUGCGAAAACGACAACGAACCUGUCCUUGAACGAUGUUCUCAUGGAGGCUCCCACCGUGCAGAGUCCACUUUUUGACAUCCUGCUGCGCUGGCGUUUGCACAAGUACGUCUUCACUACUGACGUGCAACGGAUGUACCGUCAAGUGAAGGUGAAAGAGAACCACACCAAGUACCAGAGAUGUGUGUGGCGAGACGAGCGGACGCAGCCACUGAUGGACGUGGAGCUGCAACGAGUGACGUACGGGAUCGGCCCAGCAGGAUUCUUGGCGACAAGGUCGCUGAUUCAGCUGGCUGAAGACGAACGGGAUAACUUCCCGGAAGCCAGUGACGUAGUGCUCAACUCUUUCUACGUCGACGACGCGCUGGCCGGCGCGGACACGAUUGCUGAAGCGACGAAGCUGCGAAGCGACUUGGAGACGAUGUUGCUGAGGGCUGGAUUCAAGCUGCGGAAGUGGUGCGCCAACGAUCCGGAGUUGCUGAAAGACGUGCCACCCGAGGACCAAGAAAUCCAGCUCAGCUUCGACGACAGAGAAGGGAGUGGUGUGGUCAAGACGCUUGGACUCUUCUGGGACCCCGUCGGCGACGAUUUCCUUUUCCGGGUCAAGCCGAUGACAGCAACGUCCGACGUACCGACGAAGAGCCACGUUUUGAGCGAGAUAGCGAGAUUGUUCGACCCCCUCGGACUUCUGGGGCCGAUCGUGAUUCUGGCCAAGAUGAUAAUGCAGCGACUGUGGCACAAGGAGAUUGGCUGGAACGACCCCAUUCCCCACGAAGAGCACGUCUUGUGGAAACAGCUUCGAACGAACUUGUGCCAGAUAAACGAACUGAGGAUUCCUCGGCGAGUCACUGCAGAUGGAGCUGAGACGUACGAGCUGCUCGGCUACUCGGACGCGUCUACUCGCGCGUACGGAUGCUGCAUCUACCUGAAAAGCGUGAGUGCAGAAGGAGCGGUGACCUUGAGGUUACUGUGCGCCAAAUCAAGAGUGGCGCCACUGAAGGAGUUGAAACGGGAGGUGGCGGACGACGCGCCGCCGGAGGAAGCAACGAUCCCGAGGCUGGAACUGUGUGCUGCGUGCCUGCUGGCAGAACAAGUGGUUCAAGUGCGCGAAGCCUUAAAACUCGACAUCAAGCGUGUCAUUUUGAGGUCCGAUUCGAAAAUAGUGCUCUGUUGGCUCAAGAAGCUGAAGCCAGAUGCGCCAGUGUUUGUGAAAAACCGUGUUGCUCGGAUCCUGAAGCUGACAGCUGACUGCACGUGGUUGUACGUCAACACGAAAAACAAUCCGGCGGAUCUCGUGUCGCGCGGGAUCCAACCGGCUGAGCUGAUGACAAGUGAAUUGUGGUGGGACAGUGCGGAAGACGAAUCAGCAGCCGAGGAAGAAGAAGCACUUGAAGAGCCCACUGAAGAAGAUGUCGUAGAAACGGUUGCCGUAGUUGCCACCCCAGACGGCAUGUACGGCAUGAUCCAGAACUGCAGCGACUUUCGACGACUGGAACGAGUUUUCGGACACGUGACCCGGUUCCUCACCAAUUGCCGCACGAAGCAGAAGAGCCAGCGACGAAGCGGUAGACUGAACGGCGCUGACUAUCGUGAUUCACUAAGAGCCAUGGUGAAGAUCGUGCAGCAUGUUGUCUACCACGAGGAGAUCCAAGACUUGCGGCGAGGAAGGCCGCUGAAGGGUAAGACACUCCGACUUGCCCAAGGACCAGAAGCACCCGAUGAUCUUGCCCGAGAAUCACCACUUCACGGAGAUGGUGAUUGA